CUACUAUUCCUGUUUUUCUUUUGAAUUUGAAGAUUGCCUUUCCCUUCGUAUUAUAGAUGGCGCGCCAUGCGCUACAGAUUUUAAGCACAUUAUUCGUUCCUAACCAUAAUUCUUCUAAAAAGAUCCAUUAAAGAUAGUUGACAUGUUAAUGUAAUAAUGAAAAUAUAUUAAUUAUUAAAGAUGACCGGACAUAUCGAAUCAGAAAAGAAGCGUUUACUAUCAUUAAAAAGAAAAAAGGAAGCGUUUAAAGUUAAAGAACAGCUUAUUCAUGAUGCAUUAAAAAAUUUGGAUAAAAGAAAAGCAGAUAAUAAGAUCGUGUUCGAUGAUGGGAUUGCCAGUGAAAAAGAGAAGGGAAAACGUAAGAUCUUGUUUGAUAAUGAAGAUGAGGAUGAUGAAGAGGUUACUUGGAACGAUGAUAAAUUCAAAACGAAGAAAAAUAUAGACGAGAAGUAUAUUAAAUUACAAGGAAGAAUUGGUAAUGACUCUCGGUUUACUUUGGACAAUCGUUUUAUCGAAGAAAAUGUAAGGGAUAAAGGGGAUAUAGAAGAAAUCGGCAAAUGUGAUUCAGAAAAUGAAAGAGAAUGGCAAUUUAAUAUACUAGAAGACGUUUUGGGUGGACCAAUUGCGACAAAGCUUAAAAAUGAAGAAACAGUCAAAAAAUUUGCAAUGAUACGAUAUGACCCAACGGAGGAGAAACACAAACAAUACGAACUUACAACGGAAGAAAUGAAGUCUAAUGCAAAGAUUAAAAGGAAAAAGAAAAAAAUAGAAAUUGAAGUAGAAACUAAGAAAGAUGAAAUGGUUGUAGUAUCAAAGGAUAUAUAUUAUUCGGUCUCGGAUUCAUUGACCAAGAGUCUACAAGAUCGUCAACAAGGAGAAUUUAGUUUAUUGAAGACAUAUGGAAAGGACGUGGAUGAGACUGAUAAAAGGGCCGUAGGAAAAAUUAACGAAGAAAUGGCCGAAAAGCAAAAAUCGUUUUUGAAUUUCGACUUGGCAAAUCCGUUUAAAUACGAUUCGUCGGAUGACGAAAAUGGUAUUAAUUUAGAUGUUCAACGUUUAAUAGAUCAGAAAGAAGAGAAAGAGUCAAAUCGUUUAUUUGUAAAAGAUAACGAUAAUUUGUUCUUUUCAACGAAUGAUAGACGCUUCGAAGAUGCUUUAAAUUUCUUUAAAAAGGAAUUAGUGGCAAAUAACGAAUUUACAAAUUUGAGACGUGAAUUAAAACAAAUCGUACGUGCAAAAGUUCGUAAGAAUGUUAGAAAGACGGAAAAAUGGGGAAGUAGAAAAAAAAUAAGAAAACCGUCGUAAAAGAGAGAGGAGCUGUAUAAUAUUUAUCGGUAAUAUUUACCUGAUAAGUUAUUUAAAGUAAGAUACCAUAUAAUUAUACAGUUGCAAACACUUUUUAUAUUUACUUUGUGUUACGUUAUUAUCAUCAUCCAUUUUUAUUAAACCAGAUCUAGUAUAAAAAAAUAUUUUUCAAUCAAUUUAUAUAUAAUCAUGUUACAUAUAUUAUUGAACUUUCAAAGGAAUGUACCAACGGUUUAAAGAAGGAAAGACAUUGAUAUCAGCAAACAUGGAUAUCUAAUUUAAAUUUAUUAGUUUUUGGUAUAAAUGAUUACAAGAAAUAUAUUUAGUUUACUCUAUGAUAUAUUUUUUUCAAUAAAUUAAAAAAGAAAUCGUGCGGUAAGCCGCGUGAUACUUGUUGUAUGUGCGUAUUAAGGAGAUUAUAUGUUUCCUCUUCAUAUAUGGAAUAGGUGUUUGAUAAACCUAUAUCAUUGUAUAGACUUUUUACUCGUUCAAUUUUUUCCGGAUCCUUUGAGCCAUAACAUUCCUAGGAAACGUUUUUUAAUGUUGGCAAAACAUAAAAAUAAGUAUUUAUCUGAAUGGUAUUGUUAAAUAAUCGAUUAUAUCAAACUUUACCUCUAAUAUUUUUCUUUGUUCAGGGGUAGCACGUUGCAAAGCAACAACUAUUAACCAUGAGCAUUUUCCCUCCUGUAUAUCCGUAGAAUCUUUACCAGUAACUGUUGAAUUGCCAUAACAAUCUAAAUAAUCAUCUUGAACUUGAUAAAGGUGGCCCAUUUCUAAUAAAAUUGUUUUUACUUGUCUG